UAUUUGUAUGAGAAUCUAAGAUCUAAGCAGUCGUAGACUGAUAAUGGCUACCUUGGGUCUAAGGUGCCCAACCCCAAGGCAGGGCACUCGUUCAGUUGCAGGUCCACAGCUUCUCCCAAGAUCCUUGGCUAUCAGCAGACCAUCUACAUUAGCAUGCACAGAGGCAAGGACAAACUACCAUGCCCAGCACAUCUGCUGGAUGAAGAAGGCAGUGCACAAACCAAUACUCAACCUCAACAGGCAUUGCUUGAUUUCAUCGGAGGGCAACUCAGAACAUCAACCUAGCCUACUCACACCUUCGGAGAUUAUCCAACAAUUCUACACUUGCAUCAACAGCAAGGACCAGAAGGAGCUUAGGAAGCUUAUCUCAAAUGACUGUUUUUUUGAGGAAUAUUCUUUUAGCAAAGCAUUUGAAGGGAAAGAGGAAGUAAUGCAUUUCUUUGAACAGCUGAUGGAAAGCACAGGUUCUAAUGUAAAAUUUAACAUUGAAAGAGUUUGUGAAGGUGAUGAACUAACAGUUUGGGCAAUGUGGCACUUAGAUUGGAAAGAGAAACCAAUACCUUUCACAAGAGGCUGCAGCUUCUACGAAUGUUCAGAACACGGACAAAGGCUCAUUAUCAAAAAAGCUCGAGUCAUGAUCGAAUCACCGAUCAAGCUGGGUGUACUAGUACUGACUCUAUUGAAGAUGGUCACUUACAUAUUUGACAACUUCCCAAGGGCGACAGAAAGGUUCCUACAAAGGCCACAUGCCAUACUAAAUUUGCUAUUAAAUAUCUACAAUAUAUUCUUUGAGCCUUUAAUCCAUCCAAUUCUUGAUUUCUACAUCAACCUCUGGAAACUUGUCUCUCAAACACUAGGUUACCUACUCAACAUUUUGAUAACCAUAUCAAAGCCCUUCAAAUAA